CCCAGCCUAAUCCCAGCGCAGCAGCCGGGCCGGAAGGAGCUGCCGGCCGGGCUCAGGAAUGCAAGCCGCUGAGUGGCGGCGACGCAUCACGUGAGAUUCCCGGGCCGGUCUGGACUCCUACUGCAGCUCUUGCCUUUGCCCUCGCCAGAGGCGACGCUGCCCAGCGGCUCUUCGGCACCAUGUCCCACCAGACCGGCAUCCAAGCUAGUGAAGAUGUCAAAGAGACGUUUGCAAGAGCCCGGAAUGGACAAUACAGAUUGUUAAAAAUAGCUAUUGAAAAUGAGCAGCUCACUGUGGGAUCUGCUAAGCAGCCUGGUGAAUCCUGGGAGAAGGACUACGAUGGCUUUGUUCUCCCGCUACUUGAAGACAGGCAGCCGUGUUACAUCUUGUAUAGAUUAGAUUCUCAAAACGCUCAAGGUUACGAAUGGAUCUUCAUUGCUUGGUCCCCGGAUCUUUCUCCUGUUCGUCAAAAAAUGUUGUAUGCGGCUACUCGAGCUACUCUGAAGAAAGAAUUUGGAGGAGGACAUAUUAAAGACGAAGUGUUCGGAACCAACAAGGAGGAUGUUUCUUUGAAAGGAUACGAAAAGCACUUGAUAACUCAGUCUUCGCCGGCCCCUCUGACCGCAGCAGAAGAAGAACUUCGACAAAUCAAAAUUAAGGAGAUACAAACUGAAGUCAGUGUCGAUACAAAGCAUCAGACUCUACAAGGCGUAGCAUUUCCAAUCGCAAAAGAAGCCCUCCAGGCACUGGAAGAAUUGAAAAAUAAACAGCUGAACUAUGUGCAGUUGCAAAUUGAUAUGAAAAAUGAAAUGAUUGUCCUGGCUAGCACCCUCUCCACUGAACUGAAAGACUUACCGAAAAGGAUUCCAAAAGAUUCUGCACGGUACCAUUUUUUCCUCUACAAACACUCCCAUGAAAGCGACUACUUGGAAUCCAUAGUUUUCAUCUACUCGAUGCCUGGCUAUAUGUGUAGUAUACGAGAGCGGAUGUUAUAUUCCAGUUGCAAGAGCCCUCUCCUAGACAUUGCAGAAAGACACCUGUGUAUGCAGAUCAUCCGUAAGAUCGAAAUAGACGACGGGGAUGAGUUAACUGCCGACUUCCUUUAUGAAGAAGUCCAUCCCAAACAACAUGCGCACAAGCAGAGUUUUGCGAAGCCGAAAGGACCUUCCGGGAAAAGGGGGAUCCGGAGGCUGAUCAGGGGCCCAGCUGAAAGCGAAACCCCUACUGACUGAAUUGGGCAAGUGCACCAGGAAUAAAAUGUUUGGAUAGGAAGUGGGCGAAACAGAAACGGCCCCGUCCUCACUAAUAAACUGAAAGCAUUCCACAACGAUCUUUUCCAGAAGGCGGGAAAAAACCCAUCUUAUGAUGUUUCCACUACACUUAUCUCACUCGAUUGCUUUAGAUUUUGCCAUCUCCGUGACUAAAACUGUAAGCUUCUGUUGUUUCUUGUCUGAACUUAAUAACUACGGAAUGUACCCAUAAUUUAUGUGAAGAUGUAACGUAGCUUGCAGUCAGUUUUGAUUACUGUGUCUCACAUGGAGCUUUCAAUUCAUUUUGGGACAGCAGCCUGUAAGACAGGCGGACAACCAAGCAGCUGUCUGAGUUGAUUUAUUGUCCGCCAGUCUUCAGAUGAAUCGAGAGACCUGCUUGUUUCCAUGUUUUAUAAAUUUCUUCCCACGUG